UCUUAAUUUAUAUUGUUAUUAAAUCUUAUGUUCAUACAGUUUUAGGUCAUUAUUGUUUGAGAGCUGAGCAAUUAUUUGAUGGAGUCUUGGAUUGUGAGUUAUAGUUGAGAUCAAUUUUAGGAGAAAUGGAUGUUGGGUUGAUUAGAACGGCAUGGUAUGAUUCCAGAAAUUCCAUUUUACAGUGGUCCAUACUUCUCAUUGAUAACUCAAACCGCAGUGGAUCUAUGGAGUUUGUUGUCCCUCCAGUAGAUGCAUCAGUCUUUUUCCCGAUUUCUGUGCGUUUUACUGCUGCAAGCACAUUCAGUGAACUAAAGGGUAUAUACGUGCUCAGUAAUGUGGCAUUUGGGAAUGAAUUCCACAAGGAAGCAGUCAUGGACCAACUUUUCCCACAAAUAGGUGACAACAUCCAAUCAAUUAUGAUCAAGCUUUUGCAGAGUAAUGACAGCAGGUUACGCACAGCUUGUGUCUGGACUGUCCUAAAUCUCACCUUUCCAAGUAGUCCCGCUGCACACAGUCGGGUUGCAAAAUUACAGAAUGCCUGCAUAACUUCUCAAUUAAAGGAUAUGGUCAAUGAUCCUUGCCUCGACGUAAAAGUGGUCAAUCUGAGAACCCUGAAGUUAAUGCAGAAAGGUCAAAUGCUCAGCUUGGCACAGGAGUUGGUAUGGGAAAUUAGACGAUGAACAUGAGGUGGUUUUUGGCCUUUCUUUCCUACAGCAGGAAACUAUUCCUUCUUUGGAAACAAAUUCAAAUGAGAGUCAUAUUGAUCAGCUUAGAAGUGGUGGAGAAUGCUCAAGCCCUUUAGAUGGACCAAUCAAAAGUGGAUCAUCAAUUUCUGCUAUCUGUACUAGUUCAAAGCCUGAUUUUUCAAAGUUAAAGGGUGAAAUAUGUUUGGACAACCUAUUAGUUAGGGAACUUCAUGAAACCUUUAAAGCAACAUUUGGACGGGAAACUUCUGUCAAGGACAAACAGUGGCUGAGGAGGAGGAUUGCCAUGGGAUUGGCCAACUCUUGUGAUGUUCCAACUACAACUUUUGUGAUUAAAGAUAACAAAGUGGUGAAGAAAGGUAAAGAAGAAAGCUUUAAGAGUGUAGAUCAUACCCCUGCUAAGGUUCUGUCAGUUGGAGUGAAUGAAAACUGUGGAGGUUCACCAAUUGGAUGAAAUAACCAAAUAGAAAAUCCUCAAUAUCUUUGUGGCAAGAUAUUGACAGAUCCUAGUUUAGAAUAUGAUUGUAGUGUUGAAGAUUUGAACACUGAACAGAGAGCAGCAAA